UGUGUGUGUGUGUGUGUGUGUGUGUGUGUGUGUGUAAAGGGCAUGGUGGGGGCGGCGGUGCUGCGGGCUCUCCGGACCCCGCUCCCCCGGUCACUGGCGGCGGCCUCCUGCAGCUGCUCUGCCCCGGUGAAGACCCUCCUCCCGCCGGCACCACGUGUGUUGCCUCCCCCGUGGACCGGCUGCUCUGUCCGGCCGCUGCAGCUCUGCUCCGCCCUGUGUGCGGGACACAACAAGUGGUCGAAGGUGAAGCACAUUAAAGGACCCAAAGACGAGGCGAGGGGGAGGAUGUUCAUGAAGCUCGGCAUGAUGAUUAAAAUAGCAGUGAAAGAAGGUGGAUCAAACCCGGAGCUGAAUAUAAACUUAGCUCAGCUACUGGAGCAGUGCAGGAACAAGAACAUGCCCAAAGCCGCCAUAGAGACUGCCAUCAAGAAUGCGGAGAGAGCCAAACCAGUGUCCCAGCAAAUGUUUGAAGCUCGGGGGCCUGGUGGAUGUCUGCUGCUCAUCGAGGUCCUCACUGACAACAACACCCGCAGCCACCAGGAAGUUAAACGGCUGCUCAGCAAGAACGGUGGGGCGCUGUCUGACGGGGUCCGCCACAACUUCACCAAGAGGGGGGUGGUGGGGGCGGCGGGGGACACCAUCUCGGCGGAAAGAGCUCUGGAGCUGGCCAUCGAGGCCGGAGCCGAAGACGUCCAAGAGACGGAGGAUGAGGAGGAGCAGCCUCUCCUGAAGUUCAUCUGUGACACGACGGAGCUGAGCAAGGUGCGAGCCUCGCUGGAGAAGCUGGGGAUGCAGAUUACGUCUUCUGAGGUGGAGUUUAUUCCGAGUAACAUGUCCUCCAUGUCUGAGUCAGACCUUAUGAAGAGCGGGGGACCAGGAAGCAGGGGCCCUGAAUGCUGCUCGCCUCCAACCCCCAGGACGGAGCUGCUCAGUCCCUCCAAGGUGAAGGACCGCUCUCAGAACGUCACAGAGAAGGUCACGCAGGUUGCUCAGGUACUUUCUCUGGAGUCUGAUGUACUUCCUGAAUACAAACUCCAGGUGCCAGAGACAACAUGGUGGAUCUUGCUUCACUACAGCCCCUUCAAGGCGUUUUGGGACUGGAUAAUUCUCCUGCUGGUCCUCUACACGGCCGUUUUCACUCCUUACUCAGCCACCUUCCUCUUGGACGAGCACGGGGAUUUACGUCAAAGGAUUUGUGGCUACACGUGUAACCCUCUGAAUGUGGCAGACCUCAUGGUGGACGUGUUGUUUAUUGUGGAUAUAGUCAUCAACCUUCGCACGACGUACGUGGACAAGAACGACGAAGUGGUCACACAGCCGAGCCGGAUCGCCAAGCACUAUAUUAAAGGCUGGUUCCCCAUUGAUCUGUUUGCAGCGAUCCCCUUUGACCUUCUCAUAUUCAGAUCUGGCUCUGAUGAGGUAAGAACUAUGAUUAUGGCAACCUUAACAAGCCUGCUGAAAACAGCUCGGCUGCUACGAUUGGUCCGGGUGGCAAGAAAACUGGACCGGUACUCGGAAUACGGAGCGGCCGUCCUCUUCCUCCUCAUGUGCACCUUCGUACUCAUCGCCCACUGGUUGGCCUGCAUUUGGUACGCCAUCGGCUUUGUGGAAAGGCCUUACACAGAGACUGGCUGGCUGGACAACCUGGCUGAACAACUGGGCAAGACGUACAACGACAGCGACUCCAGUUCCGGUCCAUCGGUCAAAGACAAAUACGUCACUGCUCUGUACUUCACAUUGAGCAGCUUAACGAGCGUCGGGUUCGGCAACGUUUCUCCAAACACCAACUCCGAGAAGAUCUUCUCCAUCUGCGUCAUGGUCAUCGGAUCUCUAAUGUAUGCCAGCAUAUUUGGGAACGUGUCUGCCAUCAUCCAGCGGCUGUACUCAGGUACAACCCGCUACCACACCCAGAUGCUGCGAGUCAAAGAGUUCAUCCGAUUCCACCAAAUCCCAGGUUGCCUGCGUCAAAGGCUGGAGGAGUACUUCCAGCACGCCUGGUCCUACACAAAUGGCAUCGACAUGAACGCUGUGUUGAAGGGGUUUCCAGAGUCUCUACAGGCCGACAUCUGUUUACACCUGAACAGAUCCCUGCUGCACAACUGUAAGGCUUUCCGCGGAGGCAGUCAAGCCUGUCUGCGCGCCUUGGCCAAGAGGUUCAAGACAGUCCACGCUCCUCCAGGCGAUACCCUGAUCCACUACGGAGACAUCCUGGACUCACUCUUCUUCAUCUCGCGUGGUUCGAUCCAGAUCAUCAGGGAUGAUGUGGUAGUAGCCAUAUUAGAAAGGAAUGACAUCUUUGGCGAGGCUAUCCACCUGUAUGAUGAUCCGGGGAAGUCCAACUCAGACGUGCACACCAUCACCUACUGUGACCUGCACCGCAUCCUGAGGGACGACCUGAUGGAGGUGCUGGAUAUCUACCCCGGCUUUGCAGACAACUUCUGGAGGAACCUGGAGAUGACCUUUGACCUGAGAGACGCUGAUCAAGUGCCGCCAAUAAUAACAACUGAUGAUUCUGGAGACGACUGUGGAUAUCACCACAAGCCAAGACACAAACUCCACUCCCUGGACUGCAGGAUUAGACCAGAUGGAAUCGAUCAUGAGGAUUCGUACCCCCUUCAGUCCCUCCGUCAUCGUCACUCACCCUCCCAGGCCCACUGGGACGACCACUGCAGCUGUGGAUCCCCGUGCUCCCAGUCCAGCGAGGACCUGGCGACGUCUCUUGCUCACGAUGCCAAAGUCGAGCGUUAUCCUCCAGAAGAUUACCCCCCCUCUGUGGUGCAGCUGCUGCCCCCGAGUGGCACAUCAGUGGGGAAUGAAGCAGUGAUGGACAGAGGACACCAUUUAUUUUCCUCAGCUUCAUCUUUGAAUGUACCAGCGAUGUAUCGUUACUGGCCAGACCAACAGUCACAACAGUUUUCCGGCCGCACGUGGCGAUCGUCUUCUGUCCGCAACUCAUACCACCCACCGCCGUUCACAGAAGAACGGCCCAGUGAGCUCGAGUCUCGACUGGAGGUUUUACAUUCACAGCUCAACAGACUGGAGACUCGUAUGACGGCCGACAUCAACGUCAUCCUCCAGCUUCUCCAGAGGCAGAUGGCUCCUGUGCCUCCAGCUUACAGCACUGUAUCAUCCAGUACCCUCCCCUCCAACUCACCCAGCCUGUAUGGGACUGGGACGCCAGCGCUGCACAGCAUGUUUCCCGUCUCUCCCAUACAGAUGGAAGGCAGAGCACCCACACAGGUAAGGACUAACACCACAACUAGAAGGUCCCAGGAGUCUCUGUCCAGCGGUAUCCCCGUGACCGUGGCCUCGGACGACACCACGUUCAUGACCGUCACCCCCGAAACUGAGACCCGUCCGGGGUUAACUCCGCGGCCGCCCCAGCCGUCAGACAAAUCCUCUCUGGUGGAGAACCCCAGGCUCUGUGGGAGCCUCCGCUGCCCGUCGCUGCCGGGGAACCUGGACAUCAGCUCAGGACUGUCUGAGAUCCAGAAACAUCUGUCUGACCCGGUGCUGCCCGUCAUCUGA